ACAGUAGUUUACCGGUGUGUAUAGGAUGUUGCUGACAAUAUCGACAGUAGUGUACCGGUGAAUAGAGGACGCAGCUAACAAUAUCACAGGACAGUAGUGAUUGUUAUGGGGAGCUGAUUUUGGUGCGGAGCUUAUCUAUAGACAUCAGAAAAACCAAUGAAGGAUACAGGAUCUGGUCAAAAGCUUUCACCGAAAUCCGAGAUGGAUCCUAACCAGAGCGUGAAGUGUAAAAUCGUUGUCGUUGGGGACAGUCAGUGUGGAAAAACUGCUCUACUUCACGUCUUUGCAAAAGAUUGCUUUCCAGAGAACUAUGUCCCAACGGUGUUUGAGAACUACACAGCCAGUUUUGAAAUCGACACGCAAAGAAUAGAACUCAGUCUCUGGGACACUUCAGGAUCUCCGUACUAUGACAAUGUGCGACCACUCUCCUAUCCAGACUCUGAUGCAGUCCUCAUCUGUUUUGAUAUCAGCAGACCAGACACCCUGGACAGUGUACUGAAGAAGUGGCGAGUAGAGAUCCAGGAGUUUUGUCCCAACACCAAGAUUCUGCUGGUGGGAUGCAAGUCAGACCUCCGCACAGACCUCACCACACUGGUGGAACUGUCCAAUCACAGACAGACACCCGUGUCAUAUGAUCAGGGCUCCAACAUGGCCAAGCAGAUCAGUGCUCCCUACAUCGAGUGUUCAUCCCUGCAGUCUGAGAACAGUGUCAGAGACAUCUUCCACGUGGCCACGCUGGCCUGCGUCAACAAGAGCAACAAGAACGUCAAACGCAACAAAUCCUCCAGGGGCACCAAGAGGAUCUCGCACAUGCCCAGUAGGCCCGAACUCACCGCUGUCACAUCAGACCUGCGGAAAGACAAGGCCAAGAGCUGUACAAUAAUGUGAUUGGUUGGGGUAGGGAGACUGACUGUGGACUGUGGGAGGAGCAGGCAGGUGAUGGGGACUGGACACUUUGCAUAGAGCCCCUCCCCCUCGACUCACACGCAAAGCAGUGAAGGCGAGUUAGCGCUGCACUUUAAAUCAGCUUCUCCACUGGUUUGUAUUGACGCAAAACGUACAAACUUACAUCAAGCUGCCCUAGUCUGCGCCAUAGAACUUCACCAGGGAGACUGAAGGAAACCGGACACUGGAGCCCAUCUGAGGCUUCAGAAUUGGGUUUUGGUUUAUUUUUAAGGCCAAGAUGGUCAACAACCCUUUGACAUAAACUACAAGAAAGAGAUGGAAGACAUGCUGAAUUCUGUUGGUCCUCUCAAGCUAUCUUUACCCCAGGGAAUAAUGUUUUUGGURCAGUAAAUUACAUCAUAACCUUUUGGUCUGGGAUCUGGACAGGAAAAGAGCUAAAGUGGUAUCAGGUUUUAAUUUUAUCUUCGGAAAGAUAUGAGAAGUGGUAUGGUGGUGGAUUCACCACUGAGUGACAAGAUUGUUGUUUAGAAGCGAGAGACUGCCGCUGUGUUCUGCUACAGUAAAAUGGAUCAAGAAGACAAAUGGAUCUCUUGCACUGGCCCCUGGGUCUGGCACUUACAGACAAAGAAGUUACUGAAGGACAGAAACACUGUUUUGUUCUCAUUGCCCAUCUUCUCCCCCUUUCUCUUUUGUUACUGCCUUUAUGAGUUUGCCAAAUGGGAUGUUUGUUAUAAGCUGUUGCACACUGUUACGAAAGAUCUGAAAGCCUUUUUACUAUGUUUUGCUCCUUUGCAUAUCAUUUUAGCUCUGUUUUUAAACCUCAGCAUAGUCUGAACCCUUUGUUUUUCUGUUUUGUCAUUUACAACCAAAUAGCUUGACAGAGCGUUGAAAUCGCUCACAAAGUAGCUGUCUGGCAACGACUGAUGUGAUAAGCUGUGUAACGACCAUGACCAAUGAUUUUGAAGGAUGUGCUAUAGUAUCUCUGAGGACAUAUCCUACACCCCUGCUCUUCUGUCACUGGGAUGACUUCAGCUGUGCUGCCCGUAACUCUUGCGAUGCCAGGGCCUCAGUACAUGUGGUGCACAGUGCACACCCAUGCCAAGCUUAAUUAAGGGCUUAAACAUGGCCAGUGCUGAGCAAGCCACUGAGCUUCGGUUAUCAACCCAGAAGACCAUUGCACAGAUCUUUUCAAGGAUGUCCUCGGCUAUGCAAUGUGAGUUAUCACACUCCAAGAAGGACAAUGGUCUGUAAAGACAAGUCUAGUUAUCAAUGUUUGCUGGUUCAAGACCUGUACAGUGCUGUUAUUGAUUUCUGUGUGGAGCGCUAGGGCAGGCUACAUAUUACUCACACUGUUCAUCUCUGGUACAGAUGCACCACAUUCGUAGCCUACUCUUGAUUCGAAUACAACUGUUAUUUGAUAAUGAAUGUGACCAGUACACUGGGGCAGUAGGUUAAGUAGAACUAGCCCGUAGCUAUAGCUCAUGGUGGCAGGUAACCUAGCGGUUAAGAGCGUUGGGCCAGUAACCGAAAGGUCGUUGGUUCGACUCCCCAAGGUGGGAAAAAAUCUGCCGUUCUGCCCUUGAGCAAGACCGUUAACCCCCAACAACUGUUCCCCAGGCGCAGAUGUGGAUGUCGAUUUAAGGCAGCCGCCCCCCACACCUCUCUGAGGGGUUUGGUUCAAUGCAGAAGAUGCAUGAUUGUUGAAUGCGUGUGGUAUCCCCCUUUCUCUCCACCCUCUCCAAGCAGUUGCUGUUAAACUAGAUUUACUUCUUUCACAUCUAACAGUUACAAUUUCAGUCUUCAGUUGUCUCCGCAGCAUAGUAAGUACUUGGGUGUUGUUGGUGUUGAAGUCUGUUGAGCUGAUUUCAGAAUAGCCCCCCAAGGCAGUAUAUCAGCUAMAGGGUGUAGCCUUAGCUCUCGGUAUGAAAAAAUUGUAAAUUAAAGUUCAGAAUGUGUUAGCUGUAGAAAAUCAACCUUUUUUAAAAUGUUUAGUCCAUUUGUAUGUAUGAUGUUUCGACAGUAUUUAUUGAAGUUAUAUAUUUUCCCUUUUGAAAAUAAAGUUCAAUGUACAGUACAACGUCUUGAGACUUAAUCUUGA